CGCCCCCAGACAAGAAAGCUAGAGGACAGCAUCACACACCGCCGCACGCCAUGGCGGAUUGGCCAUUGUCCCUUGCCGUACCAUUUCUAUAUCAUACCAUCUCCCCACGAUUGGAUCCAGGCAUCCAGUACUGCCAGGCACCCAGUGAGCACAGCUCGUCGAGCGAGCCACCGUCACCUUGGGCCUUGCCGGGACAAUGGAGCCAGCGGCGGCGACGAUGCUCUCACGACCGCGAGUGUUGCCCAUUCUGCUGGCCGUGUUCGCGCUGCUCGCGGCGGCCGUGACGGUGGGCGCGCGCGGGGGCGCGGAGAGGGCGCCGACGCUGGUGUUCAUCCUGGCGGGGCAGUCCAACAUGGGCGGCCGGGGCGGCGCCACGGUCGGCAACCGCUGGGACGGCGUGGUGCCGCCCGAGUGCGCGCCGUCCCCGCGGACGCUGCGCCUCUCCCCGUCCCUCCGCUGGGAGGAGGCCCGCGAGCCGCUGCACGCCGGCGUGGACGCCGGCAACGUGGUGGGCGUGGGCCCCGGGAUGCCGUUCGCGCACGCGCUGCUCCGCUCCCCGGCCUGCCCGCGCGGCGCCGUCGUGGGCCUCGUCCCCUGCGCGCAGGGCGGCACCCCCAUCGCCAACUGGUCCCGCGGCACCGAGAUGUACGAGCGCAUGGUCACCCGCGCCCGCGUCGCCGGCGCCGGGACGGGGAGGAUUGCGGCGUUGCUGUGGUUCCAGGGGGAGGCCGACACCCUACGGCGCGAGGACGCGCUGGCCUACGCCGGCAGGAUGGAGGCGUUUGUGCGGGACGUCCGCCGCGACCUCGCCUUGCCCAACCUCCUCGUCAUCCAGGUUGGGAUCGCGACGGCGCAGUGGCAGGGGAAUAAGCAGGGGAAGUGGCUCGAUUUGGUGCGGAAGCAGCAGAGGGCGGUGCGGGUGCCGAACCUCAAGUACGUGGACGCCAUGGGGCUCCCCCUCGCCAACGACAUCACGCACCUCACCACGCAGGCCCAGGUCCGGCUCGGCAAGAUGCUCGCCGACGCCUACAUCGCCACGCUCUGACGAUGAUCCAGUACACUGGACUACUAUCAUUGAUUCCAGCCCCAUGGUUUGGUGAAGUUUGGUUGUGGAUAGCAGAUGAAUAAAUCUGCUUCAGUCUGUAGUAGCAGUAGGAUACUUGAUGUGAGGCUCCCAAAGGUGGGGCAGACACGGGCUCAUAUUAUUGCUGCCAUUAAUUUCUAAGGGGACUGUAGGAGUUGGAACAAUCUCAUCAUCAGCGGAGUAUAAGUAGGGCUGCGGGGAUUAAGUUUA